AUGAGCAGCCUACCGACAUACCGCUACCAGCCUCUGGAAAGCGCGAGUACCGUCCGAAUUCUAGUCCUACAUCCCGCUGAAGACUUUGCGGCCCCCAUACGGGUCAGGAUUGUCCAUGCAGACCAGGAGGCGCUGCUCUUCGGGGAGACCGAGACGCAAGGCUACGAGGCAGUUUCCUACUGCUGGGGCGAUCCGACGCCGACCCAUUCAAUCAUCUGUGACGAUGCCUUCACCAGGGGGGUUACUCGAAACGUCGACACCAUGCUUCGAUAUCUCAGGAGGGCCGGCAGACCUCGUCGAAUCUGGGUGGAUGCUCUCUGUCUGAAUCAGCAGGAUCUGGAAGAGAAAACUGAGCAGGUGCGGCGAAUGGGAAGAGUGUACCAAUGCGCUAUGAAAGUGCAUGUCUGGCUGGGGGAGACAGAUAAGGCUGAUCCUGAAGUCAGGCUCUUCGCCGGGCUCAGAGCAAUUGCAGCGCUGCGACUGCACCCAACAGAGGAGUAUGAACCGGUCCUGGACAUCCUGGGGCGAGUUUUUGGCGGGAACUACGAAGCUUAUAUCGACUCCUUCUUCUCCCGCAAAUGGUUUAGCCGUCGUUGGAUCGUUCAGGAAUGCGCAUUGAACCAUCAGGUUGUCGUUCGCUGCGGCAGGCACAAGAUCCUCUGGGCUUGGUUUAAGCGCGGUGUCUUUCUCCUUGAUCGUGCUCGCGUACGUUUUUGCCAAGAGGCACGCGAUGCGCUGUCCAUGGUGAUGUCUUUCGACUCGCCGACCAUGAAUGCUGCGACUCUAAGUAAGCUGCUCUGGUCCUUCCACGCUUCAGAAUGCUCCCUACCGGAAGACCGUAUCUUUUCUCUACUUGGUCUCGCACAGGAC